AGCGUGGCGUGUGCGUCUUCCACUUCCGGCCGCACCGGGACGACACGCAGCGCGAAUUCAUUCGGCACAUGAAUCCUGUGUCUCUGGGCUCGUGGUACGUCUGCGGAUUCGCGCUUCGUUGCGUAGCGGCGGCGGGAAAAGCGGCACGAUGACGAGCUAAAGCCCUAGGACCGCCAGGAAGAUGUGCAAAACCCCCAAGGGGAGAAGAGUGAGCGAAGCUACAUCAGAAGAGACGUAACCCUUUGCUCCUGAGUCUAGGGCCACCAUGGAUGAGCAGGCCUUGUUGGGCUUGAACCCGAAUGCCGAUGCCAGUUACCAGCAAAGGGCACUGGCAUAUUUUGAGCAGUUGAAGGAGUCGCCGGAUGCAUGGCAGGUGUGUGCUGAGUCUCUGGCCAAAGGGCUCUACAGCGAUGACCAUGUGAAAUUCUUUUGCUUUCAAGUUCUGGAGCAUCAGAUCAAGUUCAGACAUGGGGCCCUCAGCGCAGCUCAGCAGCAGCUCUUCAGAGAAACCCUCAUGAAAUGGCUGCAGACACAGAUGAUGAACUCCCAGCCAGAGAAAGCCUUCAUCCGCAACAAGGCAGCCCAAGUGUUUGCGUUGACCUUUGUGGCUGAGUAUCUUACUCAGUGGCCCAAGUUCUUCUUCGACAUCCUGUCACUUAUUGGUCUGAAUCCCCGCGGUGUGGACUUGUACUUGCGCAUGCUCAUGGCCAUCGACGCUGAGGUGGUGGACCGUGACAUACACCACUCUUCUGAGGCAAGGCCAACCUUUAAAGAAACGCGCCGAAACACCCUGAUCAAGGACACCAUGCGGGAGCAGUGCAUCCCGAGCCUGGUGGAGUCCUGGUACCGGAUCCUGCACACAUACCAGCACACCCACUCUGAGCUCACCUGCCAAUGUCUGGAGGUGGUGGGGGCCUAUGUGUCUUGGAUUGACCUGAGUCUCAUUGCCAAUGACAGGUUUGUCAAUUUACUCCUGAGUCACAUGUCUGUGGAGGUGUUGAGAGAAGAAGCCUGUGAUUGCUUGUUUGAGAUUGUCAACAAAGGGAUGGACCCUGUUGACAAAACCAAGCUGGUGGAGUCCCUGUGUCAGGUGCUGCAGUCUGCUGGGUUCUUCAAUGUGGAGCAGGAGGAUGACGUGGACUUUGUUGCCAAGUUCUCAAAGCUGGUGAAUGGCAUGGGUCAGUCGCUCAUCACCAGCUGGACCAAGCUAGCUAAGGCAGGUGACAUGAAGAACAGCCAGGAGACACUGCGAGCCCUGGAGACCAAGGUGCCCCUCAUGCUGCAGCUCCUGGUGCAUGAGGACGAUGACAUCUCUGCCAACAUUGUGGGUUUCUGCUACGACUACCUGCAUGUCCUUAAGCAGCUUCCACUUCUAACUGACCAUCAGAAAGCUAACGUAGAGGCAAUCAUGCUAGCUGUAAUGAAGAAGUUAACUUAUGAUGAUGAGUACAACUUUGAAAAUGAGGGGGAGGAUGAGGCUAUGUUUGUGGAGUACAGGAAGCAGCUGAAGCUACUGCUGGACCGGCUGGCACAGGUGUCUCCAGAGCUGCUCUUGGAAGCUGUGCGCAGAGUCUUCACAUCCACCAUGCAAAGCUGGCAGACGGCACCGUUUAUGGAGGUGGAGGUGGCAAUCCGGCUCUUGUACAUGUUGGGAGAGGCCCUUCCAGCCUCUCAAGGGGCUCACUUCUCUGGGGAUGGGGCCAAAGCUAGUGCUCUGCAAGACAUGAUGAGGAUGCUGGUCACCUGUGGCGUAAGCGAGUACCAACAUACGUCUGUGACGCUUGAGUUCUUUGAGACGGUUGUUCGCUAUGACAAGUUCUUCAUUGUGGAGCCUCAGCACAUCCCAAAUGUCCUGAUGGCAUUUUUGGACCACCGGGGCCUGAGGCACAGUAGCCCAAAAGUGAGGAGCAGGGUGGCAUACCUCUUCUCCAGAUAUGUCAAGACCCUCCACAAACACAUGAAUGCCUUCAUAGAAGACAUCCUCAGCCAGUUACAGGACCUCCUGGACCUUUCACCGCCAGAGAAUGGCUAUCCUCCACUGCUGACCAGCGACGAUCAGCUUUUUGUGUUUGAGACGGUCGGUGUGCUGAUUGUAAACAGUGAGUACACGGCACAGAGGAAGCAGGCCUUGAUGAGGAACCUCUUGGACCCUCUAAUGGGCACUUUCAAGCUGUUGCUGGGGAAGCUGCUUCUGGAGCAGGACGAGGAGCGGCAGUCUGCUCUCGCUGACUGUCUCAACCAUGCCGUGGGCUUUGCCAGUCGCACUAGCAAGGCCUUCAGCAACAAACAGACAGUGAAGCAGUGCGGCUGCUCUGAGGUCUACCUCGAUUGUCUGCAGACCUUCCUGCCUGCCCUCAGCUGCCCUGUCCAGAAGGAAGUGCUACGGAGUGGCGUGCGCACGUUCCUGCACCGCAUGAUCAUCUGUCUGGAAGAGGAGGUGCUGCCCUUUAUCCCUUCAGCCUCAGAGCACAUGCUAAAGGAUUGUGAGGCUAAGGACCUGCAGGAGUUCAUCCCGCUCAUCAACCAGAUCACAGCAAAGUUCAAGGGCCAGGUGUCCCCAUUUCUGCAGCAGGUGUUCAUGCCGCUGGUCCAGGCCAUCUUUGAGGUGCUGGCUCGGCCAGCUGAGGAAAAUGAUCAAACUGCAGCUCUUGAGAAGCAGAUGCUGCGCAGGAGCUACUUUGGCUUCAUCCAGACCAUCACUGGCAGUGGCAUGAAUGAGGUCAUGGGCAGCCAGGGGGUGGAGAACAUUGAACAAGUGCUUUUCACCAUUAUCCAGGGAGCAGUUGACUUCCCUGAUCCUAUAGCACAAAAAACCUGCUUCAUCAUCCUCUCUAAACUGGUGGAGCUGUGGGGUGGAAAGGACGGCCUUGUGGGAUUCCCUGACUUCAUCUAUAAACACAUUGUACCAGCCUGCUUUUUGACUCCCCUCAAGCCAACCUUUGACUUGUCAGAUGCCCAGACUGUAUUGACGCUGUCUGAGUGCGCUUUAACGUUAAAGAUGAUCCACCUGAAAAGGGGACCAGAGUUUAUUCAUUAUCUACAACAGGAGUACUUGCCCUCCUUGCAAGUUUCACCAGAUAUUAUACAGGAACUUUGCCAAGUGCUGCAGCAGCCAGAUUCAAAGGUCCUUAAAAGUUAUUUAAAGGCAUUUUUUCAAAGAGCAAAACUAUAGAACUGGAAUUUCAAGGAUGGAGGAGAAGAGUAUGCAAGAAUAAACACGGUUGUCAGUGCCAUUUUAAAAAAAAAAAAAAAAAAA